AUGGGCUGCAUUUGCUCUAAAGGAGUACGAACAAACGAUGAUUUCAUCGAGACGAAUCAUGUAAGUAUUGCAAAAGACAACCUUAAAACCUCCAAGAAACAAUCUUCUUCCUCUAGAAACAACGACAAUGUAGAUCCCGAGGAAUCGAUCGUUAAUGGUAACGAAGCCACAGUGAGGCUAAUACCUAGUGAUACCAAGAAUGUCUUCUCUGAUGACGAAGAUGAGGAGAAGAAGGAGAGGAAAUCUUGUGAAUCAGUGUUGCAAAAAGGAUCAACUAUGGAGUUAGGUGAUAAUGUAGGACCAUUACAACCUAGAAUGAGUAGAAUUGGUAGUGUUACUAAUGGAGAAAGAGCAGCUAGGGUUAUUGCUGGUUGGCCUUCAUGGUUAGUUUCAGUUGCUGGUGAAGCAAUCAAUGGUUGGAUUCCUCGUAGUGCUGAUUCCUUCGAGAAGUUGGAGAUGAUCGGGCAAGGGACGUAUAGCAAUGUGUACAGAGCUCGUGAUCUUGAAACAAACCAAAUAGUUGCAUUAAAGAAGGUUCGGUUUGCUAAUAUGGAUCCUGAGAGUGUUCGGUUCAUGGCGAGAGAAAUAAUCAUUCUUCGUAGGCUUAACCAUCCAAACGUUAUGAAACUCGAAGGGAUUAUCAUUUCUAAGGCUCCGGGGAGUAUGUAUCUUAUAUUUGAAUAUAUGGACCACGAUCUCUCAGGCCUUGCUUCAACCCCUGGGAUUAAGUUCUCUCAGGCACAGAUUAAAUGCUAUAUGAAACAAUUGCUGCUUGGCUUAGAACAUUGCCAUAGCUGUGGUGUGUUGCAUCGUGACAUCAAGGGCUCAAAUCUUCUGCUUGAUCGUAAUAAUAAUCUCAAGAUUGGUGAUUUUGGUCUUUCUAACUUUUACCGGGGUCAGCGAAAGCAGCCUCUGACUAGCCGUGUUGUGACAUUGUGGUACCGACCUCCUGAACUCCUGCUCGGUUCAACAGACUAUGGAGUUACAGUUGAUCUGUGGAGUACAGGAUGCAUACUUGCUGAACUCUUCACUGGAAAGCCUCUUCUGCCCGGAAGAACCGAGGUAGAACAGAUGCACAAGAUCUUUAAACUCUGUGGAUCACCUUCUGAGGAAUAUUGGAGAAGAUCACGGUUGCGACAUGCAACUAUCUUUAAACCUCAACAUCAGUACAAGCGAUGUGUGGCUGAUACGUUAAAGGAUCUUCCUCCUUCUGCUUUGGCCCUCCUUGAGGUUCUUCUAGCUGUAGAACCAGAUGCACGUGGAACCACAUCUUCUGCCCUUCAAAGCGAGUUCUUUAUGACAAAACCUUUUCCAAGCGAGCCAUCAAGUUUACCGAGAUAUCAGCCAAGGAAAGAAUUUGAUGCCAAGCUUCGAGAAGAGGAAGCAAGACGAAGGAAAGGGGCGAGCAGUAAACAGAACGAACCGAAACGAUUGUCUAGAGAAUCUAAAGCUGUACCAGAUCCCAGUGCCAAUGCCGAAUUGAGGGCAUCAAUACAGAAACGACUCGGGGAGACUAAACUGACAAGCGUGAGUGAGAAGUUCAAUCCUGAGGGAGAUUCUGGCUCUGGCUUCCGGAUGGAGCCACUGAAGGGUAUUACCGCACAAAAUCCCAACCCAAAUUACACAAACGGAGACAAUCAUCCUAACGGAUCAAGCCAACUGAAAACACAAAGGUCUUAUGUCCAACGCGGGGCAGCCCAAUUGUCAAGAUUCUCUAACUCGGUAGCACCUGCUAGAGAUGGAUCACAGUUUGGAAGUGUGAGACAUGCUAUAGUGGAUCAACGCUGGCUUGAAGAUGGUUCAAUGAAUUUCAAUUUGUCCCAAAGAUUGCUUGAGAAACCCAAUGGUUUGAGGAAAGAAGACCACUCAUCCUCUAGUAAAGAAACGAUAAUGAGUUAUGAUGGUGAGAAGAAAGAGAGGAUUCAUUACUCAGGACCAUUGCUUCCAGGAGAAGGAAACUUAGAUGAAAUGUUGAAAGAACAUGAAAGACAGAUCUUGUUGGCUGUACGCAGAGCUCAAGCUGAUAAGGCUAAAAGGGACGAUAACAGACAGGCCCGAACCCUGUUUCCAACUAAUGGAAGGUGA